AUGAAAACUGCUGUUGGUGUUGUUUUCACAGUCGCAUUGGCCGCUGCCCUGCCCAACUUCGAAAGGUCAAACCCGACUUGCGAUGGCGAUAAGGCGAAGCUGCCUUGGCUUCCGCAUGGAGGCGAAUAUCGCAAAUGCGAUCGAACUUACGUGCGGAUGAUGACGCCUCUUCCCUCUCGCGAAGACUUCGAGAAGAUCUGCGGAACGGAUAUUCUCUGCGAGGCAUAUGAAACCAAGUAUCUCAAGCCGCACGAACUUGAAUACAUCACCAAGCUAUACGGCUACAAGAGUGACCAAGAGUGCUAUGAUGCUCACGACUCUGACCCUAAGGGCAAAGACAAUGUAAAGUCGGGAGUCAAGCUCCCCUGGGUCGAACAUGGAGGCGAUAUUCGCAAAUGCGACGAGCUUUAUUGGAACACGAUGACACCUCUCACUAGCAAGGAUAUAGAGAAGAUCUGCGGAACAGAAAUCUUCUGUGAAGCAUUCAAGCCCGAGGAUAUCAAACCACAAGAACUUGAAUAUAUCGCCAAGCGAUUCGGCUAUAGGAAUCACCACGAUUGCUAUGCGGCUCGCGAACUUGAGCCUGAACAACAGUAA